AACAAAAACUCUCAUUCUCUCUCCACUUACUCACUCAACGACUCGCUCACCCAACGAGUCUCGAGAUUGGACAACGCUUGAAUAUGAUGUUCUCGGUGUGAUUCUCAACAAGAUGGUGUCUCUCUAUGAUUAUCUCCAAUUCAGCCUCGUAUGUAAGUCAUGGUAUUUUGUUGCAUUACGACACAAACACCAACGAUCCAUAAUUACCUCCAAGUUUCCUCAACUGCCGAUGCUCAUCGUUCCCUCGAAAGAUGGUCUUGAAAAGCAGCAUUGCUUAUACGACCCCAGAAAAAAUAGAACCCGUCCUGUUGACUUCAAAUUUUGCUUCAACAAAAGGUGUUGUGGCUCCUCUUUUGGUUGGUUGAUCAUGUGUGAAGAGACACUCGAUCUUACUUUAUUCAAUCCUUUUUCUGGGACUGUGAUUCGUCUUCCUUCCAUUUUCAUAGAGGAUGAACCUGAUUAUACUCCAGACCGCAUAGUGAAAGCUAUAUUAACCAAAGAUCCAUCAUUAUAUCCAAAUGAUUAUAUGGUUGUAGCUAUCUAUGGUUCAUGUGCGAAGUUGUGCCUUAUGAGAUCAAAUGACAAGAGUUGGACGUAUUACUAUCCAGAACCAAAUAUUCCUUUUAGUGAUGUUAAUGUUUAUGGUGAUACUAUAUAUGCUUCAGGAGUUGAUAUGAUGAUUUGGAAAGUUGAAGUUAAGAUUAGAAAUGAUGAAAGUUCAUUGAUUUCUAUUUCUGUAAGGACGGUCCACACCAAAAGUAUCGAUGAUCUAACUAGAUCUAAUAUUACAGUGUCUUCCAAAGGAGAGCUUUUGUUAGUUUUGAGGUCAAUAUCGGUAGAGGAAACACAAUUAGAGACUAACAAGUUUAAAGUUUACAAACUUACUGAAGAGCGUGAAAAUGGCAUGCGAAAGGCCAUAAAGGUUAAGAGUUUAGAUGGGGAUGCUAUGUUUAUCGGCGACUCUCAAUCCAUAUGUGUAUCAACUAAGGAUUUUCGUAAAUGUUUACCAAAUUGUAUAUAUUUCAUGAAUGGUUGUAACUAUUGUGUUCCUAAUUUAGUCCAGGAUUCAGGUAUAUUCUACUUAGAAGAUAAAGAUUUUGGUGAUCAUUACAUACAGGAUCCUACACAUGAAAAUUUACCUCCACCUAUUUGGAUCAUCCCAACAAUAUGUUCCAAAGAUCUUAAGGAUUGAGAUUCAUAUUUAUU